AUGCUGAUGAAGCAGCUCCAUUCCAUGUUUAAUGCUGGCCAAGUGUUGUGUAUUUGUCUUGUCUCUUUCUUGUUUGUCACAACUGCAAUUGCAGAUUUGAACUCGGAUAGGCAAGCUCUAUUGACCUUUGCGGCUUCUGUUCCUCAUCUUAGAAAGCUCAACUGGAACUCCUCUAACCAUAUCUGCAAAUCAUGGGUUGGUGUCACUUGCACUUCUGAUGGUACUGGUGUUUUUACUCUCCGCCUUCCUGGAAUAGGACUUGUGGGAACCAUCCCUCCAAGCACACUUGGUAAACUAGAAUCACUCAAGACUCUCAGUUUGAGAUCAAACCUCAUUGGUGGUAACCUUCCUCCUGAUAUUCCUUCUCUCCCUUCACUACGUUACCUCUAUCGCCAACAUAA